AUGGCGACCACCGUGGAUGGCGUCAUAAAUGACUGCGUCCACCUAUCCUCCCUGCCUUACUCGGGCUGUGACACCCGUAUAGUGUCGCUCCUCGACAUCAACAUCCCCGAUCAGGCAACUGAGGAAGAAUAUCGAGCUAUCUACACUCGGUAUAUCCAGAAAUCCUCACUGGGAAGCAGGGCCUCCAAUGCCAGCCGACUCCGCGAUGCCGUCGAAUCUAUCAGGUAUGGCGUUGCGCCUCCCGUCGCGUUCCCCACCGAGACGGUAUACGGCCUGGGAGCGGACGCGACGAACGAAGCGGCCGUCAGCGGGAUCUUUGCCGCAAAGGGCCGACCUAGCGAUAAUCCUCUUAUCGUGCAUAUCGCGAGCAUUGCGCAUCUCGAGCGGAUUACGGGCGAGCCUCUCCCUGACGUGUACGAGCCGGUGGCUCGCCGGUUCUGGCCUGGCCCAUUGACGAUCCUCCUCCCUAUACCGGCGUCAGGAAUCUUUGCGAAGAACGUCCACCCUGCGCAGAACACCAUUGGGUUCCGCAUUCCGUCUUCCAAGUAUGCGAGAUUCUUCAUCGCAGCCGCGGACAGGCCGAUCGCAGGGCCGAGUGCGAAUUCAUCGGGGAAACCGAGUCCCACAACGGCGGCACAUGUUCUGCAUGAUCUGAGGGGGAAAAUUAAUUUUAUCCUGGACGGUGAGGGGUGUGACGUCGGUGUCGAGAGUACAGUUGUCGACGGCUUGCAUGAUCCCCCGCUCAUCCUCAGACCGGGCGGUGUGGGUUUGGAAGAGUUCAGGGCCUUAGGACGAGAAGUCGGUGGCGAGGUCGGCGAGAAGUGGGCGAGAACCACCAUCGGAUACAAGACAUCGGUGCAUCACGCGGUGGAGACGGCGUCAAACACGAGUGGAAGUCCGUCCGUGGCUGCAUCGACUACCAGCGGGUCAGGAGGCGCUACAGCUUCUGAGGAGCUACAUGCGGAUCACUCGAACGGCAGCAGCAAUGGUGUUGCAAGCUAUGAAGAGGAUGUCAACGGGGCUCCUCGUGCCCCUGGAAUGAAAUACAAACACUAUGCGCCCCGGGGACGGUUGGUUCUGUUCUCCAGACACGCAUAUCAGGCAGGUCGGGUGCAGGAGAGGUUGGACCAACUCGCGGGAGCAGAGACACAUCAACCCGUCAAAGUCGGCAUUAUCUCUUGCCACUGGCCCCCAUUCGCUGGCCUCAAAGACAUCUCCUCGACAGUCGAUCCCACGCGCAUCACCGAGAUCUCCAAGCCGAAAGAGGGUGGGCAGAAGAAACCAGAUCCGAUCCUUCAUUCCGCGUACGCUGACAUCACAUCCAUCGCGCCCCUGCGCGUGAGAGAUACAGAUGUGACCCUGUACAAUGUGCAGCUUGGCACUGAGAUCUCCUCACUCGCGCACUCACUGUUUGGUGUAUUGCGGCUAUUUGACGAGCUGGAAUGUUCAUACAUAUUUGCGGAGAUGGUGCAGCAUAGCGGGCCAUCGCCUCUGCAAGACCAGAGAUCGACUUCUGAAGUCACGAGCGGAAAGGUCACGGAGGGAGGCACAGACCGGAGUGGCUCAAGGCAAUUGCGGCGUGAUCUCGAGGAUGCGGUGAUUGAUAGGAUCGAGAAGGCGGCGGCGGAAAGGGUAGACGAGUAA